GGUUCCUGCUUGGAUCUCUUUCAGAUCACGAACGGCAGUCUUCCUGAUGGCGUGUACACCGUGAGAGUCCGAGAUUUGGAUGACAACGUCCAAGACACACUGGUCUUCUGCGACAUGACCAACGGAGGCUGGUACUGUUGCCGAAGAAAAGCGAGGUACCUGAGUGGAUUGGGUCAGAUGUUGGUUGCAACUGCAAGAUGUUGA